AUAAUUGAGGUGGAUCUAGCAGAAACAUGGGAUAUAGCCAAAACUAGAAACAAGCACAAAGGAAGAAAAAAUCUACAUAACUUUCAGCCAUCACUUCACCUAUUCUCCUCAAGAGUAAACUGUAGAGAACAAGUGCAUCUUAUAUAAAAUGGUAAAAUCAAGGUUUGGGUUUUUAAUAUCUUUUCUGGGGGUGGGGGUGAGGAGAAUAUCAUCAAGCCAUGGAUUCGGAAUCAGUGGAAACUGAUGGAGGGCUGUAUAUAAUUAUAAUCAAGUGUCUGUCAUAAAAGAAAAAUGACAAAGCAAAACAUUGAGUGUGACUGGCAGCAAAAAUCCAUAGAGUAGCAUGACCCUGGUCAAGGUUCCAGUCAAUGAUCCAUGUCCUUUUCCAGGACACUCUAGUGAUUCCCAUCAGGACUUCACCGUUCCUAAUAUGGGCAGCAUCAUUAUUUCCUUGAAAAUGCGCAUGUACUUGUAAAGGAAACAGUUGUAUAUUCUUAAUUAUUUCCCAAGGAGGAAAUUGAGUGAAGUAGGAGAUUAGAAUGUCUCACCAGGAUGGGUAUUGCAUCAGAAAUUUGUUACAAAGCAGGAUGACAGCUAUUGAACAAAUUGUACCUUACCCUUUAAAAAUGUUCAUUUCACUGAAAGAGGUGACACUUGUUCCUUGAAGAGUUUUUUCUGGGCAUUCAACAAUACCACCUGCUCUUGCAAUACUUUUUCACCCAUUUCCUUGUGAAUGAAACGCAAUAUACAUAGCGUAUUCAGUGCAGGAUCUGAUCAGCCUCUGUCUUCAGAACUAACCCCACUGGUGAGCUGACCAUUUCUUCAGAGUAACAUUUAAGAGGAUGUGGAUCAAACAAUUCCCAUGGUGUCCACUGGCAAUAGCCCAUCUCUACAUCCUGAACCAUUUGGUAGACAGUCAGAAAACAGAUAUUGUUCCCCAAACUCCACAAAUUUACAAAUUGACUGCUGAAUAUAUAUCUGAUACAUUGGACGUGGAAUGGUACGAUGGUGGUUCAGCAUAUCCAGCUGAAACUAAUGUCAUUUGGGAAAUUCAGGUCUUGCGUGAAAAACCAGUGCUGCUAGAGAUAUACAGAACAACUUUAACUGGUGAUGAUAAUCUUCUCCACUGGCAAUGGAUAUCAAACCUCCCUUUGAACUGUACAACACACAAUGUCAGAAUUCGCGCACGGUUUGCUAGGACUAAGGUGUGGAGUAAAUGGAGUAGAAUUUGGAGUAUUCCCGGAAAAGAAUUUGGAAUGUAUCCUCGAGACAGAGUGGUGGAAGUAGGUUCCGAUGUGACUUUCUGCUGUGUAUGGAAGAAAACAGAGAGAAUCACUAGCUUGAGCUUUGCUGGAUGUCAAACUUCACAUUGCCAGACUGCAAGACUCACUAGGUUUAGCUCAACGCUCCAUGCAAAAAACAUUGCUGUUUCCCCCACGUCUGGGUUUAACGCAUGGUGUCGAGCAGGAAAUGACUUCUCAAGCUCCAUAUAUGGAACUGUUCUGUUUGUAGGCUAUCCACCUGAUACUCCACAAAAAUUUACAUGUGGGCUGUUGAGUUCUGAGAAAAUAAAGUGCCAAUGGGAACCAGGAAGGCCAACUGCGUUGUAUGGUUCAAGGGGAACACACUACUUCUUAACUGAACAAUUGUCUAGGACUAAUAUUACAUGUCCACAUGCCAGACACACCCGUGUGCCUUCUGAGUGUAUUUUUCCCAUUCUGGAUGACCAGACGAAAUACGAUUUCACACUCCAAGCUUACAAUCAUCUUGGCCAUGCCAAAGCAUCUAUUUUAUUUGAAACAGAUAUAUAUUGAACUACAGAGCUAAUGCUGUCAGUGGCUCAACAGAGAAUUAGUGUAUCUUGGAUGUUCCAUUCAGUGAUCAAUCCAAAGAUUUGCGCAACUGAGUUUAAGAAGGAAAUAAUGCAUUCAAGUGAGCUGUUUUUUUUAAAUAGAUAUAACUUGUUUGUCCUGAUCUAAUAAGACAAGGACAUAAUAUCAGGAGUGCUGUUUUUGGCUUGAAAUCACUGUUACAAUAAUCCCAGAAUAAACUGUAUUUUAAUGCUG